ACAACAUAAAACAGAUGGUUUUCUUUUGGUUUGAAGCAGUCAACAGGUGUGAGAGUGAAUCUGUUGAGAUGCUUUAACGUCAGGAAGCUGAGCGGUUUGAUGAAGAUGAAGCUGGUCCUGACGUGCAGCUGCCGUCUGAUGAGAUCAACUCUGCAGCUUCGGGUCUGAAGCUGGGGGGGAAAAAAAGCUUUCUGCGUUCCUAAAAACCAAAAUAAACAGAAGGAGCAGAAACGUCAUGGAAGAGCUCUGCUGAGGAAGAGGAGGGUGGAGGAGGGUCGUACAAAAGGAAAGUCUGUGCUCAGAGCUCCUCCUCCUGUCCCACAACAGAUGCUGUGAAGACGGGCGAGAGACACACACACACACAGAGAGAGAGAGAGAGCAGCUGGAGGAAGAGGAGGCUGCAGGACGAAGCUGCUGACCAUCUGAAAACCGGUGGUCAUGGGAAACACGGACAGCACCAGCACCUUCGUUCCUCCGGUCAAACCCUCGUUCGGCUUCUCCAAGAAGGAGGAGGUGCUUUCGGCCCGCAGCUGGUGGAGGAGCAACACCAAGAGCCGGGGUCGGAGCUACCUGAGCCAGCCCGCCUCCUGGCGUUACGAGUCGGGCCAAGGGAGCUCUAAGCUGAGCUACGGUUCACCUCAGAGGUUCAGCAGGAGUCCGCUCGGGUUCCAAGGGAGCGACGGGGAGCGAACGUCUCUGGAGAGCGGCGGCAGCCCGAAGGUGCAGCUCAGGAAAGAUGGCAGCAUGAGGGUGGAGUUUACCAACGCCAGGGUGGCUCCUGCCGAGCCGCAGGGUGCCCCGCCCGGUACCGGUGCCGCUCCAGAACCGUCCCUCCGGACCAGUAAAGGCAGCUCGCUCAGCUCGGAGAACUCCUGGUACGACUCGCCGUGGGGCGGAGAGCAGACGGACAGCGUCUUCAUCUGUGGGCGGAGUCUGGACAACAGCAGUGGCUACAACACUUUCUCCUCUGCUCAGGCGGAGGACAUAUCACCUGGGUUUAGCUCCGCCCACCUGUUCCAAACUGUUGGCCACAACAGCUGCUCCUCCGGCCGCACCGAUGAUAGCGGCAUCGGAGACUCCCUGAUCCUGCAGCAGGACUCCCGAGACCUCAGACCGGUCCCGCCUUCGGGUUUCUACAGCCGUCAUAACAUGCCGCCCGCCUUCCCGCCGCCGUCUGAAACCAUCACCACUGAAUCCAACUCCUUUUCCACCGCGUUCGAGACCUGCUUCCAGGAGCAGCGGGAAAACUCCACCUCCUCAUUUUCCUCUACGCUGGAUGAUGUCAUGGCUACAGUUAGAGACGUGGAGCCGCAAUACUGCACCUCCACACUACCCUGUCGUAAAUUGGAGCCUGGAAGCUCCGCCUCCUCUGGGAACAGAAAAGACUUCCUAAAGAGCCGAAUCCAACAGCUGAGCGACUGGACAGGAAGUCUGAGCCGAAAAAAGAGGAAGAUCCAGGAGCCGAACGGCGCCGAUGCCUCGGACGUCUUCAUCAACGGAGCGACCGGGACCGUUCUGUGGUCCUCCAACCCCCUGCACCACCAGAACCAGAACCUGGUCCCUCUGACUCAAUGCUGCAACGCUCAGAGGCAGGACGUCUAUCAGAACUUCAUGCAGGAGCUGGCGGCGGGCUGCAGCAGCGCGGACCACCGCACCGACCCAUCAGAGGAGGAGGAGGAGGAAGAGGACGACGUUGAGGAGGAGAAAAGAGGAGGGGAGGUUCUGGUGGACGAGGAGCAGGCGGUGGUCCGGCGGGCCGGCUGGCUCUCCUUUAAAGCUCUCCUCACCAUCAACAAGGACAGGAAGUUGCAGCUGGUUUCCUGCCGCAGGUGGAGGCGUUACUGGGUCACACUGAAAGGCUGCUCUCUGAUGUUCUACGAAGAGUUCGGACGAAGCGGCGGCGAGCUGGAGUCCCCGCCUCGUUUCGUCCUGCUGGCUGAGGACAGCGUGGUCCAGGCCGUCCCCGAACACCCGAGGAGGGAGCACGUCUUCUGUCUGAGCAACUCGUACGGAGACGUCUACCUGCUGCAGGCCUCCAGCCAGACAGACCUGGAGAACUGGGUAACGGCGGUCCAUUCGGCCAGCGCCGCCCUGCUGGCCCGGCGGGAGGGGAACCAGGACACCCUGCAGCUGCUGCGGCGCCGGAUCCGCUCCCUGCUGCAGCGUGUCGACACCGACGGGAAGAUGAAGAAGAUGGCCGAGCUGCAGCUGUCAAUCAUCAAGGAACAGAAGAACCGCCGGGCCGUGGAGAACCAGAUCCAGCAGUGGGAGCAGAACCUGGAGAAACUGAACCUGGACCUGUUCAGACUCAGGUGUUACCUGUCCAGCCUGCAGGGGGGCGAGCAGCCAAACCCCAAGAGUCUCCUGGCCGUGGCCAGCCGGACCUCCAAGACCACGCUGGGACGCCUGGGGGUCUUCUCUGUGUCCUCCUUCCACGCUCUGGUCUGCAGUCGAGAGGAGGAUCAGUUGAAGCGGCGCUGCCUGUCUCAGUCAGCUGGUUCUGUCAAACGAGGUCUGCUGUCCUCCCUGAAGGUCCAGAACAGACGGAACAAACACUCACAAGUCCAGGACUGUGAGUCUGUGGCGCCCUCUGCAGGCCCAGCUCGUAAACUGCAGCUGGGUGAAGAGCAGAAGUCUUCAUCACUCGGUGUUUUCACUCUGCAGGUCUGUCGACACGAAACAGACCAGAACUUUGGUUUCGCGGUGACGGGUCACGUGGACGGAGUCGGUCAAAGUCACGUCUUCGUCAGCGAGGUCGACCCGUUUGGACCUUCUGCCAUAGAAGGACUUCGGGCUGGAGACGAGGUUCUGGCUGUAAACGGGUCACCUGUAUCAGGUCUGGACCUGGACCUCCUGCAGACUCUGUUCACCCACCACAACCUGCAACUGCUGCUGAGGAGAGACGAGUCUCCUGACCCCGAGGAGCCCACCCUCGUCUGGCCCAACCCCGCUGACCCCGGAGACCCCGCCCACCUGCUCACCUGGUCUACAGAUUCUGCACUCGUCACUGAUGCAGCUGAAGCUCCACCUCCUGCUGUUAGCCACACCCAGACGAUGCAGAGGUCACCUGAGCAGGAGGAGGACGAGGAGACGCUGGAGGAGGAGCAGGAGGAGGAUGGAGAGGAGAAGCUGCAGGCGGCAUGCUGUCUGAGCUGCUACCAAGAUCCAGACGCCUCUGCUGCUGCAAGGCUGAACCUGGACCAGGUCUUCCCUCUGUACCAGACCUUUGCAGAGACCAGAACCUCGGACCAUGAAAUCCCCACAAACCCAUACUGCAGAGAGGGCGGUCUGCCGCUGACAAGCCCCGCCCACCUGAGCGUUUGUCAGCGUCUGCGGAAAGUGAUCGAAGAGUUGGUCGACACCGAGAAAUCCUACGUGAAGGACCUGGUGUGUCUGUUCGACAUCUACCUGAGUCCUCUGCAGAACCAGACGUUCCUCAGUAAAGACGAGAUGGAGGCGCUGUUCGGCAGCCUUCCUGAGAUGUUGGACUUCCAGAGAGUUUUCCUUCAAACGCUGGAGGAAAGAAUCUCAGCAUGUCCGAACUUCAGCUGCUUGGAAACUCCAGAACAGUUUCAGAACCUUCUUUUCUCCCUGGGUGGCUCGUUCCUUUAUUACGCCGACCACUUCAAGCUCUACAGUGGAUUCUGUGCCAACCACAUCAAAGUCCAGAAGGUUCUGGAGCGAGCAAAAACAGACGGAGCCUUUAAACACUUCCUGGAAACGAGGAAUCCAACCAAUCAGCACUCAUCCUCCCUGGAGUCAUACCUGAUCAAACCUGUCCAGAGAGUCCUGAAGUACCCCCUACUGCUGAGAGAGCUGGUCUCACUAACUGAUCCAGAGAGCCUGGAACACACGCACCUGAGAGAGGCGCUUAGAGCGAUGGAGAAGGUGGCGACUCACAUCAACGAGAUGCAGAAGAUCUACGAGGAUUACGGCUGCGUAUUCGAUCAGCUGGUAGCUGAGCAGAGUGGAGCUGAUAAGCAGGUAACAGAGAUCUCCAUGGGGGAGUUUCUGGUCCACUCGUCUGUGGUUUGGUUGAACCCUCUACCGUCUCUGAGGCGCCUAAGGAAGGAGCCUCAGCUCACCCUGUUUGUGUUCAAACGAGCCGUAAUCCUGGUUUAUAGAGAAAACCACAAACAGAAGAAGAGGAUGACCAACUCCCGCUCAGCUGAUCUGGAUCCCUUCAGGUUCCGCUGGUUAAUCCCAGUUUCUGCUCUUCAGAUCAGAUCAGCCAACAUUCCAGGCUCUGGGGACCCGUGUGUGUGGGAGCUGGUCCACAGGAAGUCAGAGGUGGAAGGUCGACCAGAGACUGUGUUUCAGCUGUGCAGCAGCGGUUUGGAGACGAAGGCCGGCGUGCUCAGAGUUCUGAGCUCCCUCCUCAGAGACCGAGCCCCCGGCGCCUCCCUGAGGAGAUCCAAGCUGUCGAAAACAGAGCGGAGCAGCAGCUGGAGGCGGAGGCAGCACCGUGGACGCUCCGACCUCCAGAGGACGCAUCCUACUCCGACGGAGCGGAGCCGCAGACCCGACGGCGUCCUGAACGAAACCUGCUCUGAGCCUCUGCUGCCGAGCCACGCCCCCUCCGACAGCUCCGCCUCCGGGAGGAGAACCAGGCUCUGCUCCCUGACCGGCGAGCUGGAGGCGCAGCUGCAGCGGCUGAACUUCGCUGAGGAGGACGAGGAGGAGAGACGAAGCUCGAGUCUGAGGCGGAGUCCUGCAGGAGACGGGCUGGACUUCAGUUUCCUGGAAAAAGACUUCAGCCUCCAGAGCCUGAAGUCUGUGGUGAACGAGGACUGUUUCUACGACUCGGUGCUCAGGAGCCAGACGGCUGAGAAAGCUAACAUGCUAACAUGCUAACAUGGAGUCUGAAGAAAUGGAUAGUUUCAGCUCAUUCUACUGAAGGAUUCACAAAAACAAACCUCGACCUCUUCAAGGUCGUUUUCUAUAGAAGCCUUCUGAUUGGCUGAACCCUCUGUUUUAUAAGAACUUACAGUCAAAUCAUCUGGAUUUUAUUCAUGUUUGUUUUCAACAGGGGAACUUCACAACAACCGGAAUCUACAGGAGUUAAAAGUAUAGAAAACUAAAGGAAUUUUCA